AUGUGGCUUAGGUCUGAAUAUAUGAUAAAAGGCUAUAAUAUAAUCUCCGCUGAUUAUUCGGAAGCUGUACCAGCUCCUUGUUACGUGCAAUCAGCGGGAAAUGUUCGUAAAAUUGGAAAAUGUACCGCUGUUUUUAUAGAAACACUUUUAAGCAAAACCAACGUGUUAGUUGUAAAACCAAGCGAAAUUAACAGUUUUUACAAAAUAAUUUCGGACUUUUUUCAUUGUUAUCAAAUUAUAAUACAAGAAAGAUGUCCGAAUGAAAAUGUAACGUUUUGGUUGUACAAUAAACAAGUUUAUGGUUAUCAAUUGAAAGAAAACGAAUUAAUAACUUUGCAAGAAGCUCCAUUUAUUCCGGAUCAAAGAAUAAUUUUUUUAAUCCAUGGAUUUACUGGAAAUCGAGAAUGCAGUCCAAAUCUUCAAAUAAAACCAAAAUUGAUCAAGAAAGGUUAUAAUGUAAUCUCGGUGGAUUAUGAAAAUGUGGCUAAAUUUCCUUGCUAUCUUCAAGCAGUGGAAAAUUCUAAAACCAUUGCAAGAUGUUUAGCUGAUUUUAUCGAAACAUUAUCAACAAUAAAAAUUAAAGAUAAAAGUUUCUCUCUUGAAGAUAUUCAUUUAAUCGGUUUUAGUUUGGGUGGGCAAAUCGCUGGAAAAACUGGAGCUUAUUUAAAAGCAUCCAGAAAAAUGCUUUCAAGAAUUACAGGAUUAGACGUUGCGGGUCCUUUAUUUUACGGCCCAACAACCUAUUUAAAUAAAAAUUGUGCUAAAUUCGUCGAUUGUAUCCACACUUGUUCAGGUAGAUUGGGAAAAUUAUUUCCAAUCGGACACGUUGAUUUCUACGUUAAUAGUUUAAUUCAUCAAAAUGGUUGUGAUUUUUGGAAUUUUUCUUGUGAUCAUGGUCGAGCUCCCGAAUUAUACGCAGAAUCAAUUGAUAGCGAAGUUGGAUUUUAUGGUGUGAAUUUUUCUGGGGAUUUUGAAUUAAUGGGACAUAAUGCAUCAACUAGAUCAAAUGGAAUUUACCAUGUUGAAACUAACGCAAAAUCACCGUUUGCUAAAGAAAGCAAAAAAAUAAAUAAGAAUAAUCUAGACUGA